AUGAGUUCAGCAGCAGCUGCAGGCAGGGGGAGCAGCCCUGUGCCCUGGCAGAUGGCACACACUCUGAGCUUCCCCCUGGUAUGGGGGUUAAUAAUGCUGCUAUGGAUCAUGGAGCCCCCCAGGGCUGAUGCUGGCAAUGCAGACACAGUGAGUGCUGAGAGGAGCCUGGUGUGGGGGCCAGGACUGCAUGCUGGCAUAGAGCUGCCUGUCAGGUACUUCUACAUCCAGGCUGUGUCCAACAGGGGCCACAACUUCACCUCCUCCCCAGGAGCAAAAAUAUUUAAGGUAACGAUUAAAGCUCUAUCUUCAAAUGAGUAUAUAAGAAUCCAUGUUCCCGAUCCCUUGGACAGGAAUGAUGGAUCCUACGUCAUGAGAUAUCGCAUGUACGGCAGUGUUACCGAGGGACUAAUUAUUGAAGUACUCCAUGGGGAUAAGCACGUGGCUCAGUCUCCUUAUAUACUGAAAGGGCCAGUUUAUCAUGAAUACUGUGAUUGUCCUGAAGAAGAUUCACAUAUAUGGCAGCAGACUCUUUCAUGUCCAUCCAAAGAAACACAAAUUUCAAAAGAUUUUGCCCCAUUCCCUAUCAUAGACCUGGAAAGGAUGCUGGAAGAGGUCCCCCGGAGGUUUGCUGAGAAGAGAGGUGCCAUUGUUCAUUAUACUAUUCUCAAUAAUAAUGUCUAUCGGCGUUCCUUGGGCAAGUACACAGAUUUCAAAAUGUUCUCGGAUGAGAUACUGCUAUCGUUGGCAAGAAAGGUCCGCUUGCCAGAUUUUGAAUUUUAUAUAAAUGUUGGGGACUGGCCUGUGGAGCAUCGAAAAGCCAAUGAUACUCCUGGACCUCUGCCAAUGAUUUUGUGGUGUGGCUCUGUUGAUUCACUUGACAUAAUUCUUCCAACCUACGACGUCACUCACUCAAGCCUUGAAACUUUACGUGGUGUGACUAAUGACCUUCUUUCUAUUCAAGGACACACUGGUCCGUCAUGGAGUAACAAAACAGAGCAAGCCUUCUUCAGAGGACGAGACAGCAGAGAGGAACGUCUUCAGCUUGUCGAAAUGUCCCAGAAGUACCCAGACUUACUGGAUGCUGGCAUUACUGGCUAUUUCUUUUUUCGGGAGCAAGAAAAAUUACUUGGGAAAGCGCAACUUAUGGGGUUCUUUGAUUUCUUUAAAUACAAAUACCAAGUGAACAUUGACGGAACAGUGGCAGCUUACAGAUUUCCAUAUCUCAUGCUGGGUGACAGCCUUGUAUUGAAGCAAGCCUCUCCAUACUAUGAGCACUUUUACUCUGCGCUAAAGCCAGGCAAACACUACAUUCCUAUCAAACGAAAUCUCAGUGACUUGAUUGAAAAAAUACAGUGGGCUAAGGAAAAUGAUGAAAAAGCUAGAAAGAUUGCCAAAGAGGGCCAAGCUCUUGCCAGAGAACUGCUGCAGCCUCAUCGUUUCUACUGCUAUUAUUAUAACGUCUUCCAGAAUUAUGCUAAGCGACAAACAAGCCGUCCUGCAAUCCGAGAGAAAAUGGAACAUGUACCUCAACCUACUGACAGCUCCGCAGUGUGCCAAUGCCAUAGAAAUAAGAUCGUUCGAGAAGAACUGUAGCAGUUCAGAGGAGUAACAUGCCUACAAAGAAUAUAGGGAGAACGUUUUGGAACUCGGAAUGUCCCUCUGACUACCAGAUUACACACCGUGGUACUAUUGUGGCCAGUGGAAGUAACUGACAUAUUGUUAUGGACUCUCUGUCUUACUUCAACAUCACAGCUAUGUACUCUACAGAAUAACUCAACCCUCCGUCCCCUCUACCUCUACAUUUUAUUUUAGGUAGCACUACCAUAAAUAUGUAUAUUUCUACAGUUGAAUUGUGUAUAUUGUAGCUAUACACAGAUGUAUCGCCUCCAUUUCUGGAGUGGACCCAUGCAUUUUACUGUUUGCAGGAGAACCGUACAAUUUGGUAAACGCUUGAAGCACCAAAAUUAGAAAUUUUCCAAUAUCCCAUCAUAAAACCAAAUCACGAUUUUUACAUGCUUUACACGGCGGCAGAUGAUUUUUGUAGAAAAUGAAAGUCUCCUGUACCUUAAAACCACCAUUUUGUCUCUAAUUUUUCAAAAGGAAUCAUUGAGCAAUGCUUCUUAAAAAUAAAGUGAAUUCAUUCCACUUUAGUCAGCCAUUUAUAUUAGAGCUUACUGAGAAAACAUGGAUAUGACACAUAUAUCAAGAUUUCAGCUUUAGUCAAUGUUAUUUAUUUAAUAUAAUCUAUAGACCAUUAGUAGCCACUGUCAUUCGCCAGUUGAGACCUUUCAAUUCUGGUGAUGCUUAGCCAGGCAUGGACACUCCUUUUUGUUCUGUAGUGAUUGCUAAAUUGAUGUGGAUCAUAAUAGUUUUGGUUCCACCACAUUUUAAGAGCCACCUACUGAUAACCCCAAAUAUUUAGGUUAACCUUAUCUGCUUCUCUCCCGCUAUCAGAUCUCUGGGUACCGAAAUACCCAACUGUCAAUCACAUGAUGAUGCUAUUACGCACUGAAGAAGCCUCGGUAUAUGUUGUAAAAGAUGGAUAUACAAAGACAUGGCUAAUUGUUUUACAUUUCUGUUAUGCUUUUAGCUUUCCAAUGCAUGACAUAGUACAUCAUAGUCUAUUCACCAUGGAUAUCCCUAUUUACCAUCCUAGAACAUAAAUAAUGCAAAAUGAAAAUUGCACUGACACUCCAGCAACCAAGUGUUACCCUAGAUUUCUUUACUUUGUUUGGUAUAAAUCACAAUGUAUCCAGUCCUGGUUAUUUUGGUUUGGUAAGUAUUCGGCUGCACCAAAUGUAAAUCCAGUCUUUAUUAUUAUCUAACCGAUACCAUCUACUCUAUUGGUUGCACACACUGUUCAGUUCCCGUUGGUCAAAACAACAAUCAACACACAAAGUAUUUUGUGAUAAUGUGAAUUCUACUAAAUGGUGUUGUCAAAAAAUGCUGCUGCAAUGUACAGAUUUUUAACUUUUUUGUAAUCAAGUUUGUAAUAAAGAAUGCUUGAACAGCUCAAAA